AAUCACAUGUAUAUACAAAACUCCUGUACACUUUCUUUAUUUUGUCUGUCAAAAUCUUCUUGUAUUAUCUCCUUCAAAGCUCCAGCUCCGAGCUUGUUCAUCUGGAGCUUUGUUUUUCUCCCCAUUUUCACCUCUCCCCUCAUUUCUUCUCUCUCCACAACCCCAUUCAUCAAAAUUUGAUUUUUGGGCCGAAGAAUCGAUUCUUUAAUUGCCCAAGAACACAAAAAUUGGGCAGAUUUGGUGAAUUUUGGUGUUUCAUGCUGUAAAGAUUUAAUCUUUGUGUCAUUUUCGGGGUUUUGGGUGGAAAAUAUAUUGGCCCAGAAUGCCAAAAUCAGAGAAAAAUGGUGGUGGAGGAGAAGCUAAGAAAGUGCUUAGAAGAGACCCUUAUGAGGUUCUAGCAGUCUCAAGAAACUCUACGGAUCAAGAAAUCAAGACUGCGUAUCGAAAACUCGCUUUAAAAUACCAUCCUGACAAGAAUGCAAAUGAUCCUAAGGCAGCUGACAUGUUUAAGGAGGUCACUUUUUCCUAUAAUAUAUUGUCAGACCCAGAUAAAAGACGUCAAUUUGACUCUGCUGGUUUUGAGGCUGUGGAAUCUGAUAACCAAGAGUUGGAACUGGAUCUGUCGAGUUUAGGAGCUUUUAAUACUAUGUUUGCUGCUCUUUUUAGUAAACUUGGUGUCCCAAUAAAAACCACUGUUUCAGCCAGUGUGCUUGAGGAGGCACUAAAUGGUGCAGUGCCAGUCCGUCCACUACCUCUUGGCCAAACUGUGUUUAGAAAGGUUGAAAAGCAGUGUGCUCACUUCUAUUCAGUCACAAUAACAGAAACUGAAGCAGAGGCUGGGAUAGUGUGUCGAGUACAAUCGUCUGAUAAAAGCAAAUUUAAGCUAUUGUAUUUUGAUCAAGAAGGAAAUACUGGACUCAGCCUUGCUUUGCAGGACGACUGCACAAAAACGGGAAAAUUUACAGUUGCUGGAAUGUACUUUCUUGGGUUUCCUACCUAUCGAUUAGAUCAAACAUUAAAUUCAAUGGCAGCUGCAAAAGAUCCUGAUACUGCCUUUUUCAAAAAGCUGGAUGGAUUUCAGCCAUGUGAGAUAACUGAACUAAAAGCCGGAACUCAUGUGUUUGCUGUUUAUGGUGACAAUUUUUUCAAAAGUGUUAGUUACAGUAUCGAAGUUCUUUGUGCUGCUCCUUUCUCAGAAGAAAAAGAAAAACUUAGAGCUGUCGAAGCUCAAAUUUUAUCAAAAAGAGUGGACAUUUCAAAGUUUGAAACUGAAUACAGAGAGGUUCUAGCACAAUUUACGGAAAUGACAAGUAGAUAUGCACAAGAAAUGCAGUCAAUCGACAAGCUUCUCAAGCAAAGAAGUGAUAUACAUUCAUCUUACAGAGUCGAUCCACCAAUGAAGCGUAGUGCUAGUAGAAACAAGAGCGGUAAGGGUGCUUCUAAGGAAGGUGGUGAAGAUGGGCAUGGGAAAGACAAGAAGUCUUCAACGAGGGACAGGCCAAAGAAAAAUAAAUGGUUCAAAAUUCACUUGAAGGCAGACAAGAGAAAACCAUGCUAAGAAGUCGGGAAUUUUAAUCUCCACUCGAGGUAAAACAUGUACGACCAAAUUGUGCAUUUCAAAUGUAAUAUUCCAACAAAGAAGAAAUGUUUCCACUGCAGUUAUUGUCGUCAUUGUCUGUUUCCUGUCUGUAUUCUAAACAUAAAAUGUAAAUUGUGGAAAUUAUUGUUUGUGUUUAUUAUUACACUAGUAAUUUGACGUCC